CAUUCCGAGUUUUGGGAGCAGCACGUGAACGCGUCCGCGUGAAACGGGGACAAAGUCCGGACUCGUUCAGGAAACACGAGCCACACUUUCCCGACACUUUUGACCAGAAACCUGAACGCGAAGCGGCGGAGACACGAGCGAGAAGAUGCCGGUCACAGAGAAGGACCUGGCCGAGGACGCGCCAUGGAAGAAGAUCCAGGAGAACACCUUCACCCGCUGGAUCAACGAGCACCUCAAGUGCGUGAACAAGCGGAUCGGGGACCUGCAGCUGGACCUGGGCGACGGCCUGAGGCUCAUCGCUCUGCUGGAGGUCCUGAGCCACAAGAAGAUGUUCCGAAAGUAUCACCCGAGGCCGAACUUCAGGCAGAUGAAGCUGGAAAACGUCUCGGUGGCUCUGGAGUUUCUGGACAAGGAGAACAUUAAACUGGUCUCCAUAGACUCUAAAGCCAUUGUGGAUGGGAACCUGAAACUGAUCCUGGGUCUGGUCUGGACUCUGAUCCUGCACUACUCCAUCUCCAUGCCGAUGUGGGAGGGUGAAGAUGAAGAGGCAGAGUCAAAGACGCCUAAACAGCGUCUCCUGGGCUGGAUCCAAAACAAAGUCCCUGAUCUGCCCAUCACCAACUUCAGCCGCGACUGGAGGGACGGCAAAGCACUGGGAGCUCUGGUGGACAGCUGUGCACCAGGCCUGUGUCCAGAUUGGGAGACGUGGGAUUCAGUGAAACCAGUGGAUAAUGCCACAGAAGCCAUGCAGCUGGCUGACGACUGGCUGGGAAUCCCACAGGUGAUCACCCCAGAGGAGAUCAUGGACCCCAAGGUAGAUGAACAGUCUGUGAUGACAUAUUUGUCCCAGUUCCCCAAAGCCAAACUGAAACCAGGAGCUCCACUCAAACCCAAACUCAACCCCAAGAAGGCCCGUGCAUAUGGACCAGGAAUCGAGGCGACAGGAAACCGAGUGUUGCGUCCUGCUGUGUUCACCGUGGACACGUUCAGCGCCGGUCAGGGUCAAGUCACCGUUUACCUGGAUCAUCCAGACGGCACCAGGGAGGAGCUGAAGGCGGAGCCUAACGAGGGCAAGAAGACGUACAGCGUCACCUAUGUUCCUCAGGUCACGGGUGUUCACAAGGUGACGGUGCUGUUCGCAGGGCAACAGAUUCCCAAGAGUCCGUUUGAGGUGGGCGUGGACAAAGCGCUGGGCGAUGCCUCCAAGGUCACGGUCAAAGGCCCGGGAAUCGAACCUGUGGGCAACGUUGCCAACAAAGCCACGCACUUUGACAUCUACACCGCAGGUGCCGGCACCGGAGACGUGACGGCCAUGAUCCGAGAUCCACAGGGCCGCCAGAACAGCGUGGAGGUGAUGAUGGAGGACAAGGGCGACAGCGUGUACCGCUGCACCUACAGGCCGACCCAGACCGGACAACACGCCGUCACCAUCACCUUCGGAGGAGUGGGCGUUCCCAAGAGUCCGUUCAGCGUCGACGUGGGUCCUGCCUGCGUUCCUGGGGCGUGCAGGGCGACGGGGCGUGGCCUCCAGCCGACGGGUCUGAGGGUGAAACAAGUCGGGGACUUUAAGGUGGACACGAGGACGGCCGGCAGCGGAGACUUGAAGGUUCUGGUGAAAGGACCCAAGGGCAUGGAGGAGCCGGUGAAGCAGGUCUCUGGUCAGGACGGCGUAUUCUUCUAUGAGUAUCAUCCCAACAGUCCUGGCAAACACACGGUCUCCAUCACCUGGGGCGGUCAGCACAUCCCGAAGAGCCCGUUUGAAGUGUCAGUGAACGUGGAGGCGGGGCCUCAGCAGAUCAGGGCGUGGGGUCCUGGUCUGGAAGGAGGCAUUGUGGGUAAACCUGCCGCCUUUGUCGUCGAGUCCAUCGGCAGUGAUGUCGGAGUCCUGGGGUUCGCCAUCGAGGGGCCGUCCCAGGCGAGGAUCGAGUGCGAGGACCAGAACGACGGCUCGUGCGAUGUCCGUUACUGGCCGUCAGAACCCGGAGAGUACGCCGUGCACGUGACCUGUGACGAGGAGGACAUCGAACACAGUCCCUUCAUGGCCUCCAUCGUCCCUGACGACAACGCCAGCGACCCACAUCAGGUUCAGGCGUUCGGGCCCGGACUGGAGAAGAGCGGCGUCCUGGUUAAUCAUCCUGCCGAGUUCACUGUCAACGCUAAGGAUGCUGGGAAAGGACCGCUGAAGAUCGCAGCUCAGGACGCAGAGGGACUUCCUGUGGACGUAAAGGUGAGGAGUAAAGGGGAGGGGCUCUACUCCUGCUCCUACACGCCCACCUCGCCUCUCAAGCACACCGUGUCCAUCGCCUGGGGCGGAGUCAGCGUCCCCAACAGUCCGUUCAGGGUGAGCGUGGGUAAAGGCAGUCACCCCGACAUGGUCAAGGUGUUCGGUCCUGGAGUCGACAGAAGUGGACUGAAGGCCAACGAGCCCACACACUUCACUGUGGACUGUUCAGGAGCUGGAGAUGGUGAUGUCAGCGUGGGUAUUAAGUGCGACGCUGACAUGGUUGGAGACAAAGAGGCCGACGUGGAUUUCGACAUCAUCCCUAACGCCAACGACACAUUCACGGUUAAAUACGUCCCCCCUGCUGCUGGAAGAGUCACCGUCAAAGUCCUGUUCACUGACCACGAAGUUCCACAGAGUCCUUUCAGUGUAAAAGUUGCUCCAUCCCAUGAUGCAUCGAAGGUUAAAGCAGAAGGUCCUGGACUGGCUCGCACUGGUGUGGAGAGCGGAAAGCCGACUCAUUUCACGGUGAUAACUAAAGGAGCCGGCAAAGCAGCGCUCGACGUCUCCUUCUCCUCCGACGUUAAUGACUUUGACGUCAUCGACAACUACGACUACUCCCACACCGUCAAAUACACACCUGUGCACCAGGGGGAGACGUCGGUCAUGGUGAAGUUCGGAGGAGAUCCCGUCCCCAAGAGUCCGUUCACUGUCGCAGUCGCUGCACCUCUGGACCUCACCAAGGUCACCGUGGACAACCUGAGUGGACGAGUGGAGGUGGAUCAGGAGCAGCAGUUCAUGGUUGACACCAAGGGUGCAGGAGGUCAAGGUCACCUGGAGGUGGCGGUGUUGAGUCCUGAUCAGAGAGCUCUUCCCUGUAAGGCGGAGCCUCAGUCCACAGACGCACACGUCACAUUGGUUCGUUACACGCCGACAGAGGAGGGCGUCCACGCCGUCCACGUGUCCUAUGAUGGACACGCCGUCCCUGGGAGUCCCUUCCCUGUGGAGGCUCAGCUUCCUCCAGAUCCAAGCAAGGUGAAGGCCUUCGGUCCUGGUCUGAGUGGAGGUUUGGUGGGGGACCCGGCAGAGUUCACUAUCGACACUAAGGGGGCGGGGACUGGAGGUCUGGGUCUGACGGUGGAAGGUCCGACCGAGGCCAAGAUCGAGUGUUCGGACAACGGCGACGGCACCUGCUCCGUGUCGUACCUGCCCACCGAGCCUGGAGAAUACCUGGUCAACAUCCUGUUUGAGGAGGUCCACGUCCCGGGCUCGCCCUUCAGAGCCGGCAUCCAGAUGCCCUUUGACCCCUCAAAGGUGGAGGCCUCGGGUUCGGGCCUGAAGAGAGCAAAGGUUGGGGAAACCAGUGUGGUGAAUGUGGACUGUUCUCGGGCCGGACCGGGUCAGCUGACCCUGGAGGCUGUGCCGGACUCGACCAGUCCCACCGGCACUACACCAGGCUCAGGUGUGAGAGCGGAGGUGGUGGACAACAAAGACGGGACCUACACCGCGACCUACGUCCCUCUGACCUCAGGCAUGUACACGCUGCUGCUCAAGUACGGCGGCAAACCUGUGCCCGGUUUCCCUGCCAAGGUGAUGGUGGAUCCUGCUGUGGACACGUCCACAGUCACAGUGUUUGGACCAGGAGUGGACGGACAAGCCGUUUACAGAGAAGCCACCACAGCGUUCACGGUCGACGCCCACGCUCUGACGCGGCGAGGGGGAGACCACGUGAAGACGGAGGUUAGGAAUCCGUCUGGAGCGCUGACGGACUGUCAGGUGACGGACAAAGGCGACGGGACCUACAGUGUGGAGUACACUCCUUUUGAGAACGGCGUCCACAGCGUCCAGGUUCUCUAUGACGACACUCCUGUCCCUAAGAGCCCGUUUAAAGUGUCUGUGUCAGAGGGAUGUGACCCCUGCAGGGUGGUGGCCUCUGGCCCUGGGCUCCAACAAGCCCUGACCGACAAGCCCAACAAGUUCAACAUCAUCACCAGAGGGGCAGGUAUCGGCGGCCUGGGCAUCACAGUGGAGGGUCCGUCCGAGUCAAAGAUGUCCUGCAAAGACAACAAAGACGGCAGCUGCAGCGUGGAGUACGUUCCUUUCACGCCGGGACUCUACGACGUCAACAUCACCUAUGGAGGAGAACACGUGCCCGGAAGUCCAUUUAAGGUUCCAGUGAAGGAUGUGGUGGACUCCACCAAGGUCAAAGUCACCGGUCCUGGUGUUGGCUCAGGGGUUCGCUGCAAUAUCCCACAAUCCUUCACGGUUGACUGCAGGAAGGCGGGCGUGGCCCCGCUGUCUGUGGCUGUCAACGGCACCAAAGGCAUCGCCGAGCCCGUGGAGGUGAAGGACAACGGGGACGGGACUCACACCGUGUCCUACACGCCGUCUGUGGAGGGACCAUACUCUGUGGCCGUCAAGUAUGCAGAGGAGGACGUCCCCCGCAGUCCCUUCAAGUUCCGGGUGUUACCCACUCAUGAUGCCAGUAAAGUGCGAGCCAGUGGCCCCGGGCUGACCAGUGGCGUUGCCGCCAGCUUCCCUGUGGAGUUCAACAUCGACGCCAAGGACGCAGGCCAAGGUCAACUGAGUGUGCUCAUCACGGACCAGGACGGCAGACUGAAGCAGCCCAGUAUCCAUGACAACGGUGACGGCACAUACACCGUGUCUUACAUCCCAGAUCGCACAGGUCGCUACACCAUCGUCAUAAAGUACGGCGGCGACGACAUCCCCGCCUCGCCUUACAGAGUCCGCGCCACGGCUACCGGAGACGCCAGCAAGUGCACGGUCACGGGCUCCGGUGUCGGCCCCACGGUGGCCAUCGGCGAGCAGCUGGGCCUGGUGGUGAACGCCAAGGGGGCGGGGAAAGGGAAGGUGAGCUGCGUGGUGGUUCAGCCCGACGGCAGCGAGGUGGAGGCCGACAUGCUGGAGAACGACGACGGGACCUUUGACAUCUUCUACACGGCUGCGGCGCCAGGAAACUACGUCAUCUACGUGCGAUUUGGAGGCGAGAACGUCCCGCGCAGUCCCUUCAACGUUAUGGCUACUGAUGAGGUACCCAUGAUGCAACAGCAGAUGUCUCAGCAGCAACAGGCCACUCCCCCUGGAGUAGGCUUUCAGCCCUGGGUGACAGAGAACUAUGAGCCAAUCAGCAGCAGCGUCAACGGAAGCGGCUUCAGACCAUUUGACAUGGUGAUCCCGUUCUCCUUCAGGAAAGGACAAAUCACAGGUGAGGUUCUCAUGCCCUCAGGACAAUCAGCUGAGCCUCUGAUCACAGAUAAUCUGGACGGGACGGUCACAGUGCAGUACUCACCUACUGAGGCUGGUCUGCACGAGAUGCACAUCAAGUACAACGGCACACACAUCCCAGAGUCUCCUCUUCAGUUCUACGUGAACCACGUCAGCAGCAGCUCCAACGUCACGGCCUACGGUCCUGGUCUGAGCUACGGCAUCGCCAACAAGACCGCCACCUUCACUGUCUACACAGAGGACGCUUCUGAAGGUGGACUGGAUCUGGCCAUCGAGGGUCCGUCCAAAGCUGAGAUCAGCUGUGUGGACAACAAGGACGGGACGUGCAGCGUCAGUUACCUGCCCACUCUGCCCGGAGACUACAACAUCCUGGUCAAGUACAACGACGCUCACAUCGCCGGCAGCCCGUUCACCGCCAGGAUCACCGAGGACAACCAGCGUCGUUCUCAUGUCAAACUGGGCUCAGCAGCAGAUUUCUCUCUGGAUAUAAAUGAGACGGACCUCAGCGUGCUGACCGCCAGCAUCCGGGCGCCGUCUGGCCGCGAUGAGCCCUGUCUGCUGAAGAGGAUGGCCAACAACCAUAUUGGGAUCUCCUUCAUCCCCCGGGAGGUGGGCGAACACCAGGUCAGCAUCCUGAAGAACGGUCGCCACGUCGCCAACAGCCCCAUCACCAUCAUGGUCGUCCAAUCAGAGAUCGGCGACGCCAGCCGAGUUAAAGCGCACGGCGACGGCCUCGUCCAGGGAACCACGUUCAACAACGCCAGCUUUGUGGUGGACACGCGGGAGGCCGGUUACGGCGGCCUGGCUUUGUCCAUCGAAGGUCCAAGUAAAGUGGACAUCCAGACGGAGGACGUGGAGGACGGGACGUGCGGCGUCACCUACUGUCCCUCUGAGCCCGGGAACUACAUCGUCUCCAUCCGCUUCUCGGAGGAACACGUUCCAGGAAGUCCGUUCACAGUCCGGGUGACGGGCGAGGGUCGUAUCCGCGAGAGCAUCACUCGACGACAGAGGGCGGCGUCUGUCGCCAGUGUCGGGAGCGUGUGUGACCUCAGCCUGAAGAUACCAGUCAGCUGGUUCCUGCUGGUCUUGUCUCGGCAGCUUCUCUCUUACCCCUCUUCCUCCUUCUGCUCCUGCUGCUCCCUCUGGUGGUCUGGAGGAUCCAGCGGGGGCGUGGUCCAGGAUCGUAGCCUCUCACCUGGGCGUGUCCGCCUCAUCUCCGGCCUCUCUGGUUUAAUACUCACAGGCAGAGAGAAGGAAGUGAAGGGUGUUUGGGUCGUCGGCACCCGCCGCUCUGUGGGCGGAGCUCGGAGGGAGGCGAUCGACAUGAACGACGUCACUGCCGAGGUCACAGCGCCCUCUGGAGUCCGUCAGCGCGCCGAGCUGGUCGCCGUCGGCAGCGACACCUACUGCGUGCGCUUCGUGCCCACAGAGAUGGGCGUGCACGCCGUCAGUGUGAGGUACAGGGGCGCGCACGUGCCCGGCAGCCCCUUCCAGUUCACUGUGGGGCCCCUGGGAGAAGGCGGGGCCGCCAAGGUGAAGGCAGGAGGUCCAGGACUGGAGGGAGCACAGGCAGGAGAGCCAGCUGAGUUCAGUAUCUGGACGCGUGAGGCCGGGGCCGGCGGACUCUCCAUCGCCGUGGAAGGACCCAGCAGAGCGGAGAUCACCUUCGACGACCGCAGAGACGGAUCGUGUGGCGUGUCGUACGUCGCUCAGGAGCCUGGCGAUUAUGAGAUUUCGGUGAAGUUUAACGACCAGCACGUUCCCGACAGUCCCUUCCUGGUUCCGGUCGUGGCUCCGGUGAACGACGCCCGCCGCCUCACUGUUGCUGGCCUUCAGGAGUCUGGCCUGAAGGUGAAUCACCCAGCAUCCUUUGCGGUGCGUCUGAAUGGAGCUCAGGGGAAGCUGGAGGCUAAAGUCCACAGUCCGUCCGGAGCUCUGGACGAGUGUGUCGUCACCGAGCUGGAACCAGGCCAGUACGCCGUCCGCUUCAUCCCCAGAGAGAACGGCGUCCACGCCGUCGACGUCAGCUUCAGCGGCGCUCCCAUCCCGGGAAGUCCGUUCCAGGUGCGGGUCGGGGAGCCGGGACAGACCGGAGAGCCCGGUCUGGUCAGAGCAUACGGAGCUGGACUGGAGAGAGGAACCACUGGAGCUCAGUCAGAGUUCAUCAUCAACAACAUGAAGGCGGGCCCCGGGGCCUUGGCUGUGACCAUUGAAGGGCCCUCUAAAGUAAAGAUGGACUGUCAGGAGGGUCCAGAAGGCUACAAGGUGCAGUACACGCCGAUGGCGCCCGGAAACUAUGUGAUCAGCAUCAGAUAUGGAGGAGCAGAACACAUCAGCAACAGUCCCUUCAGAGCCAGAGUCACAGGUCCUCGCCUGGUGAACGUGACCAACGCCAGCGAGACGUCCACGCUGACGCUGGAUCCGGCCGUACGAGCGUCCAGUACGGCGCAGAGCUUCCUGCCUCGACCCGGAGACUCGGACGCAACCAAGGUUCUGAGCCGCGGCGCCGGCCUCAGCGAGGCCUCCGCGGGUCAGAGGAGCAGCUUCUCUGUCGACUGCAGCAAAGCUGGUAACAACGUUCUGCUGGUGGGCGUCCACGGUCCUCAGGUUCCCUGUGACGAGGUUCUGGUCAAACACUUGGGGGACCUGCGGUACAAUGUCAGCUACGUGCUGAAGGAGCGCGGCGGUUACGUCCUGGUGGUCAAAUGGGGCGACGACCACGUCCCGGGCUCCCCCUUCCAUGUCGUCGUCCCAUGAUGCACCAGGUGGAAAAGAGCACGUGUCCCUGCUGGGUUUAGGUUUCUGUAUAAACUGCCAAAGUGUUCUUCAGAUGCACCAUUUUACAACUAAGUGUAGAUUUAGGCGACGCUGACCUUUGACCUUUGACCUCCGGCUAUUAAAGGAAAAUUUUGAUUUGGGGAAAAAAAGAUUGUUUGAUUUUUGUUGCCCAGAAAUGAUGAAUUGUUUUAACAGCUGAUGGUCAAUGAAAGAUUGUCUCUGUUCUCUCUGCUCGUAAAACUCAUCGCUGUUGUGUGUCUUCGUUUGGCUGCUUUUACACACACACACACACACACACACACACACACACACAAUCACUUCUCCAUUUUUCUAACAAUCACUGGAUGGAAAUGUCGAGACGUUUGAAAUCAGACGGGAGCUGGAACGUUUGCUGUGUGAAUCCUGCUGUCGGUGACGAAUCUCUGCUACUGUUGAAAAAAAAUAAAUAAAUGGUGAUUUAAUGUGAAACUUAACUCUGGGAUGAUGACGACGAUGAUGAUGAUGAUGAUGUACAUUUAUUAAUUAAAAUCAACUGGAAUGAAAUUCACUGCA